AACUUCAGUAGCUCGAUAGGGUUCCAAAAAUGACUAACCAUGGAUGAAGAAGAAGCAGACGUUAACUUUGAGCUGUUGAGAAGUAAUUCAACAGACUUAACAGCUAUGUCAGAUGAUUUCUUGAGCAUGCUCAACACAGAUUGUAAGGCUUCAGACAUCGAUGAAUUCAACUCUUGGUUUCAAGACAAUAUUACUCCAGAUGCCAAUAUACCAACCUCUGAUAGCAUUCUUGACGCUUUGGGCACAGACGGUGACCUUGAUCCAAUGUCUCAUAAUACGGAGGCCUACAGUUUACAAAAUGAUCCCUCUUUGACCACUCAUUUCUACAGUUCUUACAAUGAAAUGCAAGCUGUUCCAGCUUCCCAGAACUUCACUGCUCAUCCAGACAGCAACUACAUUGCUCCUUUUAAUCUAGAAACUCCUGUCACAUCUCCAUAUGACGAGGAAUCUGGGAUGACAUAUACAACAUUGAAUAACACUCCUAAAGUUGAAAAAGAUCACCCUUCAUAUAACAAAAAUAUUGCAACGUCUGAUUUGGGAACUGGGGAAGUUGAUAAUGAUAAUGACUUCUAUAUAAAGGAGACAUACUAUCAAGAUGAGUCUGGAAACAGAUUCAUUGAGCAGGAAUACAUUAGGAAGAAAGACGUUUCUUACCCAAAUGGUCAGACCCAGCCGAGCAAUCAAGGCUAUAUUGGUACCAAGAGACCUAGAGUUGCUCAACAGAUUGUGGAGCCACAAUAUCGAAAUGUUGCUAACAACAAGGAGUACAUGCCUCAGAAGACAGUUAUCCGACCUAUCCGCAAUCAAACUCAAAGAAUUCCACCUCAUAAAGGUCAAACAAAGUCUAAUCCUAACAUGGGAAGAUCAACGGUAAAAGUAACCCAGCUACCAAUGCAGAGACAAAUUCCAGUGAAACAGGAGAUUAGAGUUGGACACACUUCUGUGAGACCUAGCAGUGAACAUAGAAAUCAGAUCAACAUGAACCAGAAGACCCGUAUCUACCUCCCAAAUGAUAGAGGAUAUCAGAAAGUCACCACCCUCACACCACCUCACACUUCCCCACCUCAGCCUAUGUACAUUUCCCAACAAGGGAAAGUUACUUCUGCUGUUAGCUACCAGCCAUCUGAACAGGAGAUUGCGAGUAACGGGGAGCAGCAAAACAUCACACCUAAGGACGAGAGAUUAUCUCCUAAUAGCACAGAUGUUAUCACUGCUUGGGAACAGUCCAUCAAGGAUCCUUCUCCGGGGUCUAUCACCUUCAGCAAUGGAAGAGUGCAAAUCCAUAGAAAUCAAGUUCAAGUAAAGUCUCCUCAAAUGCAGGUCAAAUCACCACAGGUUAUGGUAAAGUCACCUCAAACACAAGUUAAGUCACCCCAGAUGCUUGUCAAUUCACCUCAGAUGCACCAAGUGAAAAGUCCUCAGAUGCACCAAGUGAAAAGUCCCCAGAUGAUGCAUCAAGCUAAAAGUCCUCAGAUGCACCAAGUGAAAAGUCCCCAGAUGAUGCAUCAAGCUAAAAGUCCUCAGAUGCACCAAGUGAAAAGUCCUCAGAUGCACCAAGUGAAAAGUCCUCAGAUGCAACAAACUAAAAGUCCCUCUAUUCCACAAGUGAAGCCUACCCCAAUGCCACAAGUGAAGGCUACUCCAAUGCCACAAGUAAAGUCUGCUCAGAUGCCAGUUAAAUCACCCCCAGUGGCCGCCGUCACUAAAGUUAGCAAGUCCCCACAGAAUGGUAGAUUCAACGGCAAUCGAGUAGAAGUUGCUAAGAUACCUAUGAUAAAACAGGUUAAAAAUGAGAUCAGUGCUAAGUCAAGUUGCAAAGUUUCAAACUCUGGCAACAAGAAAGUAAACCACAUCUCCAUUACGGGCAAACCUGGGCUCGUAAAUCUGAAGGCAGACGAGUCACCGUCAACUCUAAAAAUAGUGAAACCAGUGAAUUGUACCAAACCUAUUAUUAAGCAAACUAAAAUCAGUGUAAAACAAGAGCACAUGGAAGAAGAAGAAGAAGAAGAGCCAGAGGAGAAGCGUACCAAUCACAACGCUGUAGAACGCAAAUACCGCUACUCUAUCAAUGAUAAAAUAAUGGAGCUUAAGGACAUGCUCGUUCCUAGAGACACUAAGAUUCAGAAGUCAGGUGUAUUGCGUAAAGCAAUAGAACACAUCAACGGCCUACAGAGCACAAUCCAGAAAUUGAAAUACGACAACGUCCAGCUGAAGAAGAAGCAGGACAUUCUGGAACAGAACAACAGUGUGCUGACCAUGAAGUUAGCUGAGCAGGGUGCUACUGUGGUCUAUCUCGAGAAAACUCCAGAUCUGAUAGAGCCAGCAAGACCGUACAGCGACCUGGACUUUGUAAAGAAACAAAGUGAUGAUUCGGCUGAUAGCCCUUCCAAGAGCCCUGGUUGCUAUAGUAACCAACAAAUGUACCAAAACUUACCAGACAGUCCUGAAUCUUUGCGUCAGAGUGACGGAGAAGGACGACAUAUCCGGAGUAAUAGUGGUAGUAGUGGCGGGUACUCCAGCUCAGACGAGACACACGCGGCAAAGAAACCCAGAUACAUGACCAACGCUUCUCAUCGUGAUCAGAGAACUAUACCCAUGCUUUGUAUGGUCUUCAUGUUUGGUCUGUUCAUCCCAAGUUUCCUCCCUCAGCAAUCCAUUGCUUCCACUACUUUCGGGAGAAGUCUACUUUCUGUUUCCAAAUCUCACGACUACAUUACACCUUUGCUACACAUGGGAAUGGUCCUGCUAGGAUUUGUCAUCACGACUACUUUGUCCUACCUCUUCUUCGUCAUCAAGUCUAAAGUUGUCAUCAUCGACGAGGGGAUCUUCAAGAAACAUUUGGACAAAGCAAAACAAGCCAUCAAAAACGGCGAAGAAACGACAGCACAAACGGACCUGGAACAAGUUUUGUGUAAUGUGGGUGUAAGAGUGUACCACACAAAGAUGUCAUACUACAUGAUGCUAGUAGAGUACACACUCUCUAUCUUACCUCAUAACAGAGUCGUACACUGGCUGUGUUGCAACAACAGCAAUGUUCUGAGUGACAUGCUGCUUCAUCUUGCUCAAAUGCAGGCUUCCAACAGAGCCAAGCGUUACGCAGAAUGGACGAAGCUUUGCUACGCUCUACAAGCAUCACGAUACAAUAUCACAUCUACUAAUGUGUACAUCACACUUUCACUUAUUGUGCGAAACUCUUUGGCCAAGGCACAUUUCUAUCGAAGAAGUAACAGAAGAGAUGACAGAUGGGUUUCACGUGCCAAAGAAUUCAUUUUCUCAAAGAUAUUGGAGGAAAUAUCACUAGGUGAGAGCGUAAGCAGCACUUUGGAACUGCAACACGCCCAAGACCAGGUUACCAGAGCUGCUCAAGUGCUGGUGUUAUCCAGCGAGGGUACGGUGGAGAGAAAACAAGCAGCGGAUACUCUUCUCAAGAGCGUGCUUCCUUCUCUAGCCUUCCUUAGACGAGAGUUUCCGGCUCAAGUAAAAGAACUGCAUUGGUUUAUUAGUGUACUGGAAGCGUACCAAACUCCGGAAGAGGAAAUCACAUCCAUCAAGUUCAACGAUCUCAGCGAGGUUACAAGAGCAGUGAGCACAGUUCACAGCAUGACUCAGGAGAACGCUGAUGACGUCACAGAGCAGGAGAUUAGUGACGUCAUAGACCAGCUCCAAAACAUCGCCGACUCAGCUCCCUCCCAGCUCCAUCAGGGUGUGCUGUGCAGUACAGUGGACUGGAUGUUUGGUAUGCAGAUAGACAAGUGGAGGGCUGGAGAGAUGGUGUCCCUCGCUCAGAAAUCCAACUUUAAGAGGACUUUACAACUACUCGAACUGUUCGGUGGUCACCAGGCACUGUACAAGGUGUCACUGUACACAACAGUCCACAGAGUGAUGUGUCAAGCAAACCCCUCCAUAACAAAGAGACAUCUUCACAACAUACUGAACCCUGCUACAAACACCGUCAACAACUUCGAACAGGUUCUAGCUAUAGAAGUGUGCUUGAAGUACGUGCCCAGUCUCCUCCUCCCCUCUAAAGACAAACUUCUCGACCACAUGAACGUUUUCCUCAGAUCUCUCAACUGAAUAACCAACUGUUAACCACCUUUGAACUGUGCUGAGAUUGAAACAGAUAGAGCGAGCUUUCUAGUCCCCCCUGCAGAACCAUAUCUUCAUGACAGUGCCUACGUGAUAAGAACCUUAUCUUCACAGUGUUGCGUGAUACGAACUUUCAGACCUGAACAAGACAGGACUUCAGUUCUGUUUCUCAAAACCCAACCUUGCUGAACUAUUGUUCACGUGCUGAAUCUAAAGCAAAACCCGAGAUAUGUGUGGCAACUCUGAAGAUGAGUUUCCUUUUUACUUAUAUUUACAAAGGAAUUAUUAAACUGUGUGUACAUUUGUGUACAUUGAUGAUUCUCCUCUGAUUCGUUACGCAUGUGAUUGUGUUUGAGUUUAGCUUCUUUCAUUUAAGAUUGCGGCCGUUCUAAAGUUUUGAUUUAAUAACGAUAGAUCAUCAUCAUUAUUAACAAGUUUUCUUCACUGAAAACAGUUAAUAUUACCGCAAGAGUGAAGCUUGCAGGGUGACUUGUUUUAUUAGUAGUAAGGUAUCCGCCAAUACUAAAAGUUUGUGCCCUUAUGAUAUCAUUUGACAAGAUUUAUGAUAGCAUUUGUAAGUCUUGAGAAAUCUCUGGAGAAAAGUAGUGGCCGAUCUCAAAAUAUGCCGUCCGGAUUUAUUUUGUGAAUUAUAGUUGUACUUUUAUUAUUCUUAUCGUUUUAAUCUCUUCAA